AGGUGGGGUGGUCCCCUCGCUUCCUGGGCCGGGCUGCUUCCCUUCUGCAGCAGUGGCCGGAGGAGCGGCCAGGCUGCCAAGUGAGUGCGGGCGCGGGAGGGCGGAGCGCCCGGCCCCUCCUCCCUGGUGGCAGAGGCCGCCCUGCCCUUCCGCGAGCACAGCCCCGAUGGCUCCCGACCCCAGCAGAGGCCUCCGCCUACUGCUGCUGGUCGCCUGCUGCCUGGCGCCCGCCCAGGCCACCCUGCUCCCCCUGGACUGGCUGUGGUCUUCGAAGAUCAGCGGCUCCACAGCCAGCCCGGUCUCCCAGCCCCAGGGCCGCCCGUCCCCGGAGCCCACAGCGGCCCCCUCCACGCAUGUGGCCCCCCAGCAUGGCCCCCUGGAGCCAAGGACCGUCCCUGCCAGCACCCGGCCGGCCUCAGAGGGACAGGCGGCCGCCUGGAGCGAGGCCCCUGCUGCCCAGGCUGCCUCCACCGCGAGCCUGGACCCCAAGGAGGAGAACGUCGGGGGCGUGGGCGCCAGGAUCCUGAACGUGGCCCAGGGCAUUCGGAGCUUCGUCCAGCUGUGGGACGAUGCUGCCCCAACCGGGACCUCCGCUGCCGUGGGGACGCCUGGCCCCGCGCCCCCCGUGGACCCGAGCGCCCUCGCUGGCCCCUCUGGCGACCCCCAGGACAGCAGCGCUGCUUCGUGGCCUAGUCCUGGAGCCCCAAGCCUUCUGGGCCCUCGGACAGCCAAGGCCGGUGCCCUGGCUGUGCCCGCCUGGCCACCUCUGUCCCCAGCACCGCUGAGGGGACCCCCCGUGCCACCUGCGUCCCCAGGUAGAGCUUCUCUGUCUCCCUUGCCAGGCGGGGCCCCUCCCUGGGGCAGCCCGCGGCCCCCGGACCUGGACACGGAGGCUGGUGCUCAGCAGCGCGGACGCCCUGACUCCCGCCGGGUGCUUUCUCUGGUGAUGGCUGCUCCCUCUGCCCUGCCCGCCGGCCCCUCCGCCUGGCGCUUUCUGGUGGCUGCGGAACCUUCCCCUGGGGACGGCAGUGCUUGGCUCUCUCCCAGGGCUUCUCCCAAGGGGCCUGGGCUCACUACGCGCUCGGCCCUGCCGGGGGUCAGCCCCCCAACGCCCGGCGGCCGCUGCCUGCCCCUGACGCCCACCCUGCCCAUCUGCGGCCACCUGGGCAUCGGGCGCUCCUGGCUGCCCAACCACCUGCGCCACGGGAACAGCGAGGAGGUGCAGGCGGCCGCGCAGGCGUGGGGGGUCCUGUGGACGCACGGCCACCCCUUCCUCGCCUGGCUCUUCUGCCUGCUGCUGGCGCCCCCCUGUGGCCCAGGCCCGCUGCCCCCCCUGCCGCCCUGCCGCCAGUUUUGUGAGGCCGUGGAGGACGCGUGCUGGAGCCGCCUGGACGGGGCCCGGCUGCCUGUGGCCUGUGCCUCGCUGCGUGCCCAGGAGGACGGGCUCUGUGUGUUCAUUGGGCCGGCAGCAGAGAGUGCCCACCAGGAGGUGGGGCUGCUUCAGCUCCUCGGGGAGCCCCUGCCCCAGCAGGUCAGGGCCAUCGAUGACCCUGAGGUCGGGCCGGCCUAUGUCUUCGGACUGGACGCCAACAGCGGGCAGGUGGCCCAGUACCACUUGCCCAGCCCCUUCUUCCCUGAUUUCUCGCUGCUGUUCCACGUGCGGCCAGACACGGAGGAUGCAGGCAUGCUGUUUGCCAUCACGGACGCUGCACAGGCGGCCGUGGUGCUGGGUGUGAAGCUGUCAGGAGUGCAGGACCAGCACCAGAACAUCUCGCUGCUCUACUCAGAGCCGGGCACGAGCCAGACCCACACGGCUGCCAGCUUCCGCCUGCCUGCCUUCGUGGGCCAGUGGACCCGCUUUGCACUCAGCGUGGAUGCUGGCUCCGUGGCGCUGUACGUGGACUGUGAGGAGUUCCAGAGGCUGCCAUUCGCGCAGUCCCUGGGGCGCCUGGAGCUGGAGCCUGGUGCCGGCCUCUUCGUGGGCCAGGCCGGAGGAGCAGACCCCGACAAGUUUCAGGGGGCGAUCGCGGAGCUGUGGGUGCGUGGGGACCCCCGCGUGAGCCCCGUGCACUGCUUGGACGAGGAGGACGAGGACAAGGAGGGGGCAUCUGGAGACUUCGGCAGUGGCCUGGAGGAGACCGGAGAGCUUCACCGGGAGACCGGGGCCAUGACCCAGACGCUCGGUCUCCCCCUGCCUCCGCCCGUGACUCCUCCUCCCCUGGCCAGAGGGGGCAGCGUGGAAGAUGCCAGGAUGGAGGAGAUGGAGGAGCCAAGCACGGCAGCUUCACCACGGCAUGAGGCUGUUCCAGCUAAGACCCUUCCUGGCCCAGGUUCGAAUGACGCGUGGGACGAGAGUGCCUGGAGCCCGGGGAGCAGCCAGGGGAAGGGAGGCCUGAAGGGGCAGAAGGGGGAGCCGGGAGUUCAGGGGCCACCUGGCCCGGUUGGGCCCCAGGGCCCUGGAGGCUCCAUGAUGCACGGCCCUGGGGCCCAGGGUCCCCCUGGGCCCCCAGGGAAUGACGGUGCCCCAGGCAGGGACGGUGAGCCGGGGGACCCUGGCGAGGACGGAAGACCAGGGGACGCUGGGCCACAGGGCUUCCCGGGGCCCCCGGGGGACGUGGGCCCCAAGGGAGAGAAGGGAGACCUGGGGGUCGGGCCGAGAGGACCCCCAGGGCCCCAAGGGCCGCCGGGGCCGCCAGGACCGUCCUUCAGGCACGACAAGCUGACCUUCAUCGACAUGGAGGGCUCUGGCUUCAGUGGCGACCUGGAGACCCUCAGGGGCCCACGAGGCUUCCCUGGCCCCCCUGGGCCCCCUGGAGUCCCAGGCUUGCCCGGAGAGCCCGGCCGCUUCGGGGUGAACAGCUCCCACGUUUUGGGACCCCCAGGCCUCCCCGGUGUGCCUGGGCGGGACGGGUCCCCUGGCUUUCCCGGCUCCCCGGGACCCCCAGGACCCCCAGGGAAGGAGGGUCCUCCAGGAAGAGUGGGCCAGAAAGGCAGCCCUGGAGACGUGGGCGCCCCCGGACCCAAGGGCAGCCAAGGAGACCCAGGCCCCGAAGGUUCUCCAGGGGAGACCGGCUUUGCGGGAGCCCCUGGCCCUGCCGGACCCCCAGGACCCCCAGGACCUCCUGGGCCACCCGGACCAAGACUCGCCGCGGGAUUUGAUGACAUGGAAGGCUCCGGGGCCCCCUUCUGGUCCACAGCCGGAGGCUCCGCAGGGCUGCAGGGACCGCCCGGCCUGCCAGGACUGAAGGGGGAUCCCGGCCUGCCCGGAGACAAGGGAGAAGUCGGAGCAGAUGGAGCUCGAGGGUUCCCCGGGCUCCCAGGCAGCGAGGGUCCCACUGGGCCCAUGGGACCAAAAGGCGAGAAAGGCAGCCGGGGAGAAAGAGGCGACCCAGGGAAGGACGGUGUGGGGCAGCCCGGCCUGCCCGGGCCCCCAGGGCCCCCGGGAGCUGUGGUCUAUGUGUCGGAGCCGGGUCGAGCCCUGGCCAGCGCGCCGGGCCCUGAGGGCAGGCCGGGCUUCGCGGGCUUCCCCGGACCCGCCGGGCCGAAGGGCGACGAGGGCUCCAAAGGUGCACCAGGCUCCCCGGGACCCAAGGGUGAGAGAGGAGAGCCGGGCGCCAUCUUCAGCCCCGAUGGCAGAGCCCUGGGCCCUGCGCACAAGGGAGCCAAGGGAGAGCCGGGCUUCCGCGGACCCCCAGGCCCGUACGGGCGGCCUGGGCACAAGGGAGAGAUCGGCUUUCCUGGACGGCCGGGUCGCCCCGGGAUGAACGGGCUGAAGGGUGAGAAGGGUGAGCCCGGAGAUGCCAGCCUCGGAUCCGGCGUGAGGGGAAUGCCUGGCCCCCCUGGACCUCCGGGCCCCCCCGGGCCCCCUGGGACGCCCGUCUAUGACAGCAAUGCAUUUGUGGAGUCCGGCCGUGCUGGACCUCCAGGACCACGAGGGCUGCCAGGGCCUUCUGGACCAAAGGGCGACAAAGGAGAGGUGGGCCCGCCCGGACCGCCAGGGCAGUUCCCCCUGGACCUCCUCCGCCUGGGAGCUGAGAUGAAGGGAGAGAAAGGGGACCGUGGGGACGCCGGACAGAAGGGCCAGAUGGGCACGCCCGGGGCCAGUGGCGGCAUCUUCGGCUCCAGUGUCCCCGGCCCCCCCGGGUACCCCGGGCCCCCCGGCAUCCCGGGUCCCAAGGGAGACAGCAUCCAGGGCCCGCCUGGCCCGCCUGGCCCUCAGGGACCUCCGGGCAUUGGCUAUGAGGGGCGCCAGGGCCCCCCCGGCCCCCCCGGGCCCCCCGGGCCCCCCUCAUUUCCCGGCCCGCACAGGCAGACUGUCAGCGUUCCCGGCCCCCCUGGCCCCCCAGGGCCCCCAGGGCCCCCAGGGACCAUGGGCACCUCCUCAGGGGUGAGGGCCUGGGCCUCCUACGAGGCCAUGCUGGAGAAGGUGCACGAGGUGCCGGAGGGCUGGCUCCUCUUCGUGGCCGAGGAUGAGGCGCUCUACGUCCGUGUCCGAAAUGGGGUCCGCAAGGUUCUGCUGGAGGCUCGGAUGCCACUGCCUAGUGCUACGGACAAUGAGGUGGCCGCCCUGCAGCCCCCGCUGGUGCAGCUGCACGGGGGCGGCCCGUACCCGCGGCGGGAGCACUCCUACUCCACUGCGCGGCCCUGGCGGGCGGAUGACAUCCUGGCCAGCCCCCCGCGCCUGCCAGCCCCCCAGCCCUACCCCGGAGCCCCACACCGCCACGGUGCCUACAUGCAUCUCCGGCCUGCCAGUCCGACGAGCUUGCCCACCCACACCCACCACGACUUCCAGCCAGUGCUCCACCUGGUGGCACUCAACAGCCCGCUGCCGGGUGACAUGCAUGGCAUCCGAGGGGCUGACUUCCAGUGCUUCCAGCAGGCUCGGGCCGUGGGGCUGAGGGGCACCUUCCGUGCCUUCCUGUCCUCGCGGCUGCAGGACCUCUACAGCAUCGUACGCCGUGCAGACCGCGGGGCUGUGCCCAUUGUCAACCUCAAGGACGAGGUGCUGUCUCCCAGCUGGGAGGCCCUGUUCUCGGGGUCCCGGGGCCAGCUGAAGCCUGGGGCCCGCAUCUUCUCUUUCGACAGCAGGGACGUCCUGAGGCACCCAGCCUGGCCCCAGAAGAGUGUGUGGCAUGGCUCCGACCCCAGCGGGCGCCGGCUGACCGAGAGCUACUGUGAGACGUGGCGGACGGAGGAGGCGGCAGCCACAGGCCAGGCCUCGUCACUGCUGGCCGGCAGGCUGCUGGAGCAGAGCCCCUCGAGUUGCCGCAACGCCCACAUAGUCCUCUGCAUCGAGAACAGUUUCAUGACGCCCUCCAAGUAGGGCCCUGCAGCUGGAUGUCGGGCAGAGGCAGUGAGGGCUGGCACAGGCAGGGAGCGUCCGGCCGGCUGGCCCAGGGCCUGGCGGUGGCUUUCCUGUGUAGUUCACAUUUCAUGUAAUCCUCAAGAAAUAAAAGGAAGCCAAAGAGUGUAUUUUUAAAAAGUUGAGAGCAGCCUGAUGCCAGGUUGUCCCAGCUCCCGCUGGCUAGCUGUAACACGGCGCUGGCCUCUGUGCCCGGGGCCCCGUCAGACCACAGCUGCCCUUCAGCAGCAGGCUGGCCCAGGACACGUGCCCUGCUACAGGCUCAUGGGCUCUUGGUGUGGGAAGGGCCUGGCCCCCUGGCAGGUGCUGGAGGCUGGGCCCAGUCAGCACGAAGCCCCUGGUCUCUCCUCACUGCCCGAUGGCUGUGCCCGGCACAUGUUCGUGCACAGGGAGACAACACCCACACCGGGCCAGGGCACCCACCCCCAGCCUCCACCUCUGCAGCCACCCGGCGCCCUCCAGGAGCUUCCAGCUCAGUGGUGUGCCGACCCUGCCACCCAGUGUGGUCCAUCCACGCUUCCCCCUCCAGCCCGCCUGGGCAUGGGGGCCCAUUAGGCCUCUUCAGGCGCAUAUCUCAGGUGAUGCUGAGGCCAGGCCAGACUAUGGCCCCGCUGAGUAGGAGAGGUUUGUGGGCGACAGCCAGGCCAUGGCAGUGUCCUGUCCCCAGCCUUUUGCCUGCAAGUCCGGAAGCCCAGUAGUCUCCCAGAGCAUCCUGCCAUAGGGGCCGAGUGCUCGGCCACCCUGGGCUGCCACAGCCAUGGGGCUCCCUGCCUCAGGAUCUGGGAUCUGUGGUCUGAGGGCUGGGAGAAACCAGCAGGGCCAGUUCUGUAACUGUGUGGUGUGAACCCUUUCAACAGGACACCGAAUAAAGGCCUUUUACACAGACA